GAAUAUGUGGGCUAGCAAUAUCAGACGUGUUGGACUGUUGUUGUAGUAAAAAACUGUUUUGUUGAUGAAAUCAUGCACGUGUCUUCGAAUGCCUGUGCACACAUCUAGUGCAAUUGAUUCCGGUUGUACAUGCUGUUGACUGGUGCCUUAUGCAUAAGUAUGGCAUUGAUGUAAGAAGAUGCAAGUGCUCGCUAACGAAGCUAGCUUGCUACCAAACAACACGUCCUGUCACCACCAGAGUAUUUCUCGUUAACUGGAUAACUUAAUUACUUAAAGUUUGACAUUUACGUAGUGACAACUGGUUGUUGUGAACUUUAUAAACAGAAGAACACUUUACCCCCGACCAACUGCCUUACUGCCGGAGCUCGGAAUGGACUUCACAGAAUGUUAUCAGGACACUUGUUCAGCGAUUGCUCUUGCUGCCAGGGCAGGCGAUGCCAGAAGAGUCCAACGGUUGCUGAGGAGAGGAUGCAGUGCAGAUGUGAAGGACAACAGAGGAUGGAAUGCGCUGCACGAAGCCGCUGCCUCGGGAUCAACAGAGUGCGUGCGUCUGCUUGCUGCUUCCAAAGAAGCCAUGGAAUCUUGUAACUAUGUCAACUCCCUGACACACAAUUCUGAAACACCCCUUUACUACGCUGCCAAAAAUGGACAUCUUUGCUCAGUUAGACUGCUCAUUGAAGAGUCUGCUGACCCCAACUUGAAAACCCUCGACUUAGCCUGUCCCCUAUUUGCAGCGGUGGACGGUGGUCACCAGGAAGUGGUGGAAGUGCUACUGCAACAUGGGGCCGAGGCCAACGGGCAGCGGAACGUGUCCGGCUGGUCUUGUCUGCACCAGGCCGCAUACAGGGGUCAUGCCGACAUUGUGCGGAUGCUGGCAGGAGUGUCGAGCCUGGAGGCUCUGGAUGACUACAACAUCACCCCUCUCUUUCUGACUGCUCAGUAUGGACACAGCAAGUGCCUCGAAAUCCUCGUUCAAGAAGGUGCCAAUGUGAACUGCCAGGCCACUGACCUGGCGACGCCACUCCUCAUCGCAGCUCAAGAGGGGCACCUGGCCUGUGUGGAGGCGCUGCUGAGCCACGGUGCCAACCCCAACCUCUACUGCAACCAGGACCAGUGGCAGCUACCCAUCCACGCCGCCGCAGAGUUCUCACGUGUCAGGAUUCUUGAGCGACUCCUGGAGGUGACGGAGAGGGAGUGUGAAUGCACGGAGGGGAAGGUGAGCCCUCUAUACCAGGCGGUGCUGAGUGAGAAAGCCAGCUCCAUCGCGCCCAUCCUGAGCGCCGGCUACAACCCAGACGCACAGCCCUCCUUUGGCUACACACAUCCCCUGGAGUUGGCCAUGGAGAGGUUUGCUUCCUCUCCAUACAGCUCCUACAGGCGGAAUGACGAGGGCAUGGAGAUUGUGCGCCUGCUGCUGGAGGCUGGGGCGAGUGUGGAUGACCGGGCCUAUUCCAUGGCCCUCUGCUGCCGCCAUCUGCUGCCGCUGGUGCUGCAGUACCGCGGGCUGCCCACCUCCUGGUCUGAGCGCGAGGAACUGGCUUGGCUGGCUUUGGACCAGCCCGACCACGCACAUAACUGGCUCCCCCUUCUGCUCCGAGCCGGAAUGGAACCUGCUCUCUUCCUGCACCCCAGCCUCAUUGUGGUGCCUAUCGCAGAAGUAAUUCCCUUCUUUCUGGAGUUCCUCAACUGGCGUUGUCUGCCAAAGGAGAUACAGAAGCUUGUGUCUCGACGCCCAGAUCUUACCCAGGAGUCAAUAAAUAUGCCAGAGGGAAUCCCCCCGCUGGCUCACCUGUGCAGGCUGCAGCUGAGGGAGUAUGUGGGCAGCGUGCGGCUGGCUGACUCCUCCGUUGUCCAGCGCCUUCCCCUGCCCUCCCUCCUCCAACACUAUGUGCAGUUCAAGGAUGUCUUCACCAAAUACUGCAACUCCUGGGGCACAAUAACCUAACAAGGAGAGAAGAGGCACACACACACACACACACACACACACACACACACACACACACACUGUAAAUAUGUUAAA